GCAAGGUGGUCCAGGAGGCCUUCGUGCCCUUGCCCACUGGCCCUACUGCCGUGCUCAAUGUCAUCGUGCAUGUGCCCUUUAUGCUUCUCCUCAACCGCCUCGCGGGCUUCUCGAUGGAGUACCAGCGCUUCAUCGCAAUGUACUCCCUGGCACCCACGCUGAUCAUGGGCUUCUGCUACUAUUACUACCUUUUCCGCAGAAGCAUGCUUCAGAUCAGCCUGGCUACGCUGGCCGGGUAUGUCAACAACUGGGUGAUGGCCACUGCAAUUGCCAUGGUCUCCUUCACCAAGCUGACUUUACGCUACCUGGCCCUCCUGUACCUGGAGAAGCUCUUGCCCUCCUACUUGCAGGGAUACAUAUCCUUCCCACUGAGCACCAUUGAGAGCUCCGUGCAGAACGUCCUCCUGGUCAUGUACGGCAUGGGCGCGCUGCUUCUUGUUUCCUACCCUCUUUGGCAAGCAGGCCAUCGCCUCGUCUUCGAGCUGGUAGGAAGAAAGGACAACAACCUUGGUACAUUCGAAGCCAUCAUGGAGAUCUUGUACACCACCUCCCAGACUGCAGUGGUUACGCAGAUGCAAACAGCAUUGGCUGUUCUCCAGCUUAACUACGGCUACCCCUACCACUUCAUCCAUUACUUUGUCGUGUUGGUGGAGCACAUGUUUUUCCAUCGGAUGGUGGAGCUCAAGUUUGCCUGGCUCCAUAAAUUGCAGCACGAGGUGCAGCCUUUGUACCGUCUGAGCCACUUGGAGCAUCAUAUCUGCAAGGGCACCUAUCCGACUACCCCAGCAGCCGGAAUCUGGGAAGUUUGGCUUGAGGGUGGCACUCUCUUCUUCUGCAACAGCCUGGCCUUGAUCCCCUACAGCCUCUUCCAUGCAGCCUACUCCGGUGCCAAUGUUGUAGUUCACACGAUGUGGCCCUUCAAGUCUUGCGUCCAAUGGCACACCCUCCAUCACGUCCUGCACAGCGACGUCUAUGCACUCAACAUCCCGAGCAAGAUGGACGAGCAGUUCUCCAGGGAUGUGAAGCAGUACAAAGAUCGGCUUCAGUGUUCCUUCUUCAUGCGGCACGAGAAUGCAUCCGACUUGGCAGGCUUUGCGAUGGCUUUUGUGAUCGGCGUCAUUCUCCACUACGGAUUUGGUGUGGGCCUCUUCCAUGUGUGGCACGAGCGCGUGCUGCACAUGCCGGCAUGA